AUGGCUUCUGCUUCCCGUGAGCAGGACUCCUCGGCAGGUGCUCUGGUAACAGAGCAACUGAAAAUGGACCACAGUGUCGCCCCCUCCGACAAUGACGGCGGCGAACGCCCCGUGCGACAACAGCUCAAGGAGACUAAUCUCGACGCUGUGGGCGAAAAAAAUGGUCCUGCCCGUGCAAACCGAAAGCGCUCCCUCGACAACACAGAUGGGGCAACCGACACACCCCCAACCAAGCGAUCCCGAGAGUGCACCCCGGACAAUACCGCUUCCACGGAAGACAAGUUCAAUGACACCGGAAUCCCGAAAGAUGCCACUACCCAAGAUGUGAGUGACGAUGCGCUGGCCGCAGCACCCGCGAACAAUUCAGUUCAAAAUACACCUCUGUCCCACAACCCGAUCAUGAGCCACAUCCCCGAGACCGCCAAGGUCCAAUUUCCCCUGGACCUUGAGAUCAAGGUCUCAAUUGGUGAAUACGAACAAGUUAGCCAUUUGACCAUUCCCGUGGAGAUUGAUAUCAAGGUGACAGCUGGAGCGGUCUUCUUAGCUUCCUCGACUUCGAGAUCCGAUGAAGGCGAAUCCUCCAAAAUACAUAUCACCAUUCCUUCUGCAAAGCCUAUUCCCCCAUCUGGAAACCCUUCUCCUGGACACCCUUCCCCUGGAAACCCUUCCCCUGGACACCCUUCCCCUGGGCACCCUUCCCCUGGGCAGCAUUUAUCUGAAGACUACAUACACGAUGACCCUUCAUUCCACACAUAUGAAGAGCCUGAGUCAAUUGGAGAUUCUUCAUCUGAGGACUCUCUACCUGACUACCGGUCACCUGAAUACCCGUCCUCUCCGCCUCCUGUCCCAUGCAGUCCAACGCACCCCGAUUAUCCCACACCCACGGUUGAAGUCCUUGAUUCUAACUACUAUCAAUCCCCACAGAAUCUUGAAACGGCGCCCGGCGGAAACGAGGAUGAUUCUUUACAAAUCCUUAAGAAGAAACGGAGCCGAGAACAGCUUGAAGAAGAUGUCUCGAAGAAUUCCCACGCUGCGACUGACCCCGCGCCCGGCUUGACUGAGACAACUUCAGACGAAAAAUCUACUGCCGAAGGACAACCCGAGAAAAAGAGACCCCGCGACAAUUCGGAGGAGCGCAAGGCCAAGGUGGACCAGACUUUCACCGCGAGUGCAUUCGGACAGGCUUCUGCUACUUCACCUUUUGCAAUGCCUGCAAAUAAACCAGCUUCUCAUGCUUCGCCUUUUGCGACCAGUGGUGCCUCCACUACUGGUUUCGGUGCCCUCGGAUCUGGCUUCUCUGCCUUUGGCACCGGUUUCUCUGGUACAUCUGGUAAACUGACCAGUUUCGCGUCUCCCAAUGCUCCCGCCGCUUUUCCUGGAACUGCUGGUAAAUUGACCAGUUUCGCAUCUGCCAACGCUCCCUCCAGUUUCUCUGGACCGGCUGGUAAACUAACCAGUUUCGCGUCUCCUAAUGCCCCCGUUUCCUUUGGCGAGUCCAGUGACAAGACCCUCGGUGCAAAACAAUCCGACAACGAAGAUAGUGACGACGAACCAGUGGGUGAACCCGAUAACACCUUUGUUGCCGAGAAGACCGACGAGCGUUUCCACGCACAAACUGUUGAAACCGGCGAAGAAAAUGAGACCACCGAGUUCACAGCUAAGGGCAAGCUGUACUACUUUGACGACAAGAAAUGGAAGGAGCGUGGUACCGGCACCUUCAAGGUUAACCUCAAGACGGAGUCCAACGGAAAGAAAUCUGGCCGCAUUAUCAUGCGCGCCGAUGGUGCCCUGCGUGUUAUGUUGAACAGUGCGGUUUGGCAUACUAUGCCCUUUGGUGAUAUCAAGGGUUCUCGCCCGACCACUCGCGAUAUCUAUCUGGCAAGCACGGAAGACGAGAAAGUUGUGAGCCUUCUUCUGCGGCUUGGUAACGAAAAGCCAGCCCAGGAGCUGUAUGAUGUUCUCAAGGACAUCUUGGAGCUAAUUUAA